AUGAGCCCGGCGCCUCCUUCACUGACGCCGUCGCUGUGCGCCACCACCGUCGCCCGAGGACCUCGCCGGAGCUUCCCCGCCGGACUGCCUCCUCCUCCUCAACGGCCUGCCUCCCCUGCGUGCGUCGUCCCCGUCCCCCACCUCGAGCACCGCUGCCCCGUGCCCUACGCUCCGUCGGUGAGGCCCCCGGCCUCCUCUUCUCUUCACCGCAUCACGCUGGUCACCGUCGCCGCGAACACCGUGCACCCUCGCCCCGGCCGAGCCCACUCGAUCGUGUGCGCGCCCCCGGCACUCCCCUGCCCAUUCAGACACCACGGCCGGGCCGCGCCCUGGCCGCGCUCGUGCGCGUCCUCGCACCGGCCUGCGCCCUCCCGUCCUCGCCCGUUCGCGGCCAUGGCCGCGCCUCCUUUGCCCCUUGCCCUGGCCGACGCCUUCCUCCGCCCCAGCCGGCACCAGGGACCAGUCGGGCUGCAGCGCCCCGUCGCCACGGUGGCCUCGCCCCUCUGCGCCACCUCCGGCGGCCGCCCGCGCACCACCGCGGCCUCGCCCCGCUCCGGCCAUGGCCACGCCGUGGCCACCGGCCUCCCCUGUUCCGGUGCCCUCCCGGGUCCGCUUGCACCUGGGCGUGCGCCCGUUCGGGUCGGGCGUUGCGCCCGUUGCCCGCACCCGCUAGCGACCAAACCCGCCAAGGCCCCUGGGGCCUAUGACAGGAGGGCCCCAGCCCCCUGA